GGUUUUACCCAUACCAUUUACACCUGAGAAAAUGGCGGCGUUGCAAAACGCUAAGGUUUUGUUGUUGUUAUUUUUACCUGUGAUAGUUUGGGGAAGAUGCAACAUUCCAGACUACUUUCAUGGAGACUGGUACAGUAGAGAAUCUGGAACAGACAUUAGAACAUUAGUUAAUGCUGACAAAUGGGACAGUAAUCAGGAUGAUACAGAGCUGAAUUGUGAGGAUAUGUUCAUCCACCCUAAUCCAGGCCUUCAGCAGGAUGGCAACAAUGUUACAAUGUUAAUGGUCAAAAGUGGUGGAAGUCUCACAAACAAAUGUUACAUGUGUGUAGACGUUUUAUGGAGAACAAUCAACAUUCUACAAUAUAGGCAAGAGGACUGUAUAACAACCCAGUCAGGAAGUCAGAUUUCCCUCAAUGCCUCCUGUAAAUCUAUGAAUCCUUGGUAUGGUCUCCCCAGCACUGAUGUUACCUUCACUAUGUUCAGACAAGCUCCUCAGAAGAUAAACUGUGUGACAACGUUUGAGGGCGUGUACCAGUUCUCUUACGAGGUGGAUCAGGGAGGUGGAGGUAUCUGUAACCAUCCAGACAGUCAAAUCAAAGCUUGUCAAGAACCCGGAUCUCAAUACGUAGACAAUGAGGUCUUCCUUAUGACCUAUCGCAAAUGUCAUGAUGUAUCAACAUCAAAAAACGAACAGGUGAGGUACCAGUGUAUGGGUUCGUGGUUCGCUGUGCGUAGUGGAAUCGGCUACACAUUCGCUGCCAUUGCUGACACUGUAGAGCAGGAUACCAGAGAAAAAUUCAAGUGCUUGAUGACCUUGAAAAACCAGAAGGAUGCCAAAAAUCAGAUUCGAUGGGUGAUGUCUCGUUUUCCUGACUGCACAAGCUUGAGUGGGAUUUACAAAGGACCACUUAAAUUAGUUUUAACAAGAAUUGCUCCACCCACCCAGUACAUGAUCCCUCGCUGUAACUUGCCGAGAGACAUUGCUGGAACCUGGUUCACACAGGGACCUGAAUUCAAAUCUGACGUAAAUGUCAACGAAACUCACAUCCAUUUCCACACUGGACUAAACGAGUUUGAGUUUCAGGAUGCCUUCUAUUCAUGCCAGCAAACCUUAGGAACACGAUAUUUGAUGACCAAGGUGUUGGUGGGGAAAUGUGAAGUAGAUUUUGUGUGUAUGGACAUUGUACCCCGACAUCACAGCAUCGUCAGAUACAGAAUAGGGAAGCCUGCACGACGUUUGUCCGAGACUGAACUGCAGGACUCUAACUAUCUGGAGAUGGUGUUCAGGGAUGCCUGCAGCUGGAUGUCCUUCACUUUCAAUCGUGAAAUCAUAGACUGGAAAUAUGAAGUGCUUAUUCAGAACCCUCCCACUCCUUACCCCUGCCCUGUCGGAGGUCGCUACAAUUUUAUCCAGAAUGCCGACAAAGAGAAUGAAAAAUACCAGACAAGGAUUCGUGGAGUUACGCAGAAACCUCGUGUACAGGUGGACUGCCGUAUUGUUGUGUCAGAGAUAAAGUCCUGCAGUAACGACUUGACCAAAAUUUUUGUUGAUGCUGAAUACUGCGAGACAGUGGACUACAGAGGACGGCCUAUUGGAGAGUAUGAUGUGUCGGAUCACGAGUUGACCUGUGUAGGAUUCUGGAUGGAGGAUUACAAGUCAUACUUGGUCACGUGGGAUGAAGAAGACGCCAUUUCUAACUUCAGAUGCUGGGUGUAUGAGCGUGCCAGCUGGACCACACUUCACAUGUCACGAGCUCAGAAUGCCCGAUGUAAUAAGAAGCAAGAAGCCACUGACUAUCAGAUGGCCGGUACAGGAUUAAUGCUGGAAAUGAUCGAAAAUGAAAGACUCUUUGAUAAUUGUCCUCAACGUUUUGACUCAGGUGUAAAUCCAUACAAAUUACCAAACACCAUCUGGGUACUGAACUCAGCCACCAGUGUGAAACCACUCCCCUGGAUCCUCUCCUUUACUCUCUCAUUGAUUUGUGUACUGCUAUCUAGAUAGUACUCUUUGAUAUUGUGUACUUUGCAUGACUGUGUGUGAUUUCUGAACUUCUAUGAUGUUUUAAUCAAGUGUAUGUAUGAUAUAUUGUGUAUAUGAAUGAAUGAGUGGUUAAGAAUGGUUACAAGAAGUGAAUUUAAUGUGUAUAUUCUAGCAAUUUAUGCAUAACGUUAUAUUGGUACAUUUAUGUCAUAUACCCAUAUGUUUAUACAACAUUUUAUGUAUUUUUUGUCAUACAACUUAGAAAGCAUUUUCGAUUUUGAGCAGACUCUUUAUACAAAUUUCAAACAGUGCAUUGCAUUCCAGUGUCAUAUCAGUCUCUUUUUGAUUUCUGAGAGAAUAGAGUCAUUAAACUGCUGUAGUAUUAUAAUCCAUGAGUAAAAUUUUAUGAAAAUAAGGAAACACCAUUAUCAUUCAUUGUUCAACUGGACUUUGGCUAAAUUUUGUUAAUACCACUUUAUUGCACACAAUUUAUCAUGUUUAUGUUUAUUAUGGAUUUUCACAAUAAUUUUUAAAGCAGACAUUCCAAUAUAUCAAUUGAUAUACUUGUGCUACACUUUUUUUUUUUAAAAUUGUAUUUCUACAAAUCUAGAUCAUCAUGAAUACAUUGAAACAUCAGUUAUUUACAUGUCAUUAUCAGAAUAUUUUACAUGUUUGUGAACAUAUUUGUGUAACUGUAGUGAUAAUUAUUAACAUAUCAUUAAUUAAAGCACUGUAUUUUAUGUGCCAUUCCAUGAUGGGGUUGUGUUUCAUUGUACUAUAUUUAGCAUAGUGAUAUCUUUUAUAUUUUAUUCUGUAUAUAUGUAAAUAAUUUCUAUUGGAACAUCUGUAUACUUCAUGCAUUCCAGACUAAAUUUACUUUGUUAUCAAAGAAUCAGAUGGCAAGAUAUUUUAUACAAUUUACAAAUAAAAAAAAUAAAUGGUUUAA